AUGGACCCCGAAAUGAACAAGCUCCUCAAAUGGAGUGUCGCCAACUCUCAGGCAUCUGCAGGUGCAGAUGGUGAAGCCGGCGCUAAUCUCCCGGCAGCGGCAUCAACCUUGACCCCGCAGAUGGUCAACACACUUUUUGGCGGCCCCUCUGAGGCCGACCUGAUGCGGGCCGCGAUGGAGGUUGUGCAUGACAACGAGUCCGACCUGGAAAACAAGUUGAUCGCAUUCGACAACUUUGAGCAGCUGAUUGAGGGAAUCGACAAUGCGAACAAUCUCAUCCCACUCAACCUAUGGAAGCCGCUUGUCGAGCUGCUCAAGCACGACGAGGCCGAGAUCAGACGUUAUGCGGCCUGGUGUGUAGGAACAGCCGUGCAGAACAACCCGAAGGCACAGGAUCAGCUCGUCCUACUCAAUGAAAUCCCUACCCUCGUCACCCUCGCCACCACAGAGUCCAACCCCGCAGCCCGCAAGAAGGCCAUCUAUGCCAUCUCUUCUGCAGUCCGUAACCACCAGCCUGCAUUGGAUGCACUGAACAAGAGCCUCCCGGAAGGCUAUCCCACCGACAAGACCGACGCUGGCGACAUGGAUGGCAUUGAUGCUAUCAUGGAUAAGCUACGGUCUCACCCGAUCAACACCUCUGCAUGA